AUCACACGAAUCACAACAUCGAAUGGGAAUAAAGGGUAAUCAAAAUAAUUAUUUUUAAGCAUAGGAAACGUGUUUUUCACAUACAUCACAUAAUAAGGAAGGGAAAGUAAAACCAUGCAAUUAAUAUGAAUAAGUGGGUGAAGGAUUGAAUAAAUCACUCAGAUUAAGCACAAAAUAUAUCAUAAAAUAUGGGUUUAUCACGCGUCCCUCAAAUAAAAAAAGUCUCUUAUUUAUUUAUUUAGAAAAUGACACGUUUAAAGUUAAAGGAGCAACAAUAUGUCAGGGAACUUGAAGCAGUGGCAUAGGUGAUCAAUGAUCGCGAUGAACUUCACAAGAAGAUGUUGGGGGAACUUGAAGAGUAUGAUGAGCAAAUUGAAGAAAAGGAAUCACAGCUCUGUUUGAUGGAGGACAUGAGGAGAGAGUGUGAAAAGGAGCUCAAGGUAGAACAGAAAGAAUUUCUGCUAGUGUUGGAUAACAUUGACAAGAAAAGGGAAAUGAAGGAAGAGGAACUGAAGGAUCUUUCAAAGAAAAUUGCUAAGUGUACAAAGGAACUUAAGACCAAAGAUGGAGAGAUUAGAGCAAUGAAGAAACUGAUUGAUGCCGAAGAUGAGAAAUUGCAAUUAGAAAAUAGGAAAUUAUUCAAGGUAAUUUCAUUAAAUGGAUAUCAUCAUGUUCAGUUGAAGGAGCUUCAGUCCAAAGAAAAGGAAUUUGCAACACAGGUGGAAGAUCUUGAAUCAAAAGAGAAGUAAUGUGAAGAACGAGUGAAUGAACUUGAGUCAGAAAACAGGCAUAUUGAAAGCAAAGUGAAAGAGAUCCAGUUAAGAGAGGAGAAACAGAAAAGGCAAGUGGAGGAGUUUGUUUUAAAGAAGGUGAAUUUUGAUUGAAAAUUAGAUGAGCUUGAUUCGAAAGAGAAG